GGAGACUUCUCGCACUGGUUUGUUGGCGUCCGGAUAGACGAGACGAGGCGAAGCGAACGCGAAGCCCCUCCCCCCAUUCCCUCAUUAUUGAUUGAUUCCCAGCUGCGAGCUUCGCCGCAGGCAGCGCAUCCGGCUCCGCCGCGCCGCGCCGCUCGAUCCCGGCCACCCGCCGCCGCCGGCGACGCCGCACUGCUCCACAGCCCUCUGCCUCCCCCACCUUACAUGGAAGUCGACGUCUCCAUCGCCACGCCUACUCCUGAGGAAUCUUAACUGAUUGGUGCUUUGGAGCUGCAGGUCAGACACACUGUCCGUUGCCUUCUCGUGCAGAUGUGGAUUUGGACUCUCUCUGAGUGUUGAGGUUGAUUUCCCUUUUGUCCUUCCAUGGUUGUAAUUUGUAUGAACAACCUGGGCUUUCUCGAAGAUCUCUGUUGGUUGAUAAGAUGAAUCGAAGAAGAGCAAUGCUACUGCUUAUCUGUCUCUGUGCAACAUUUUGCAUCAUGACUCAAUUAGGAGCUGCAAAUGUAGUGCUAAUGGGGACAAAUCUGACUUUGUCAUUCGAUGAUGUUGAGGCAAGCUUUGCUCCAGGGGUGAAAGGUUCAGGUUUUGAGGGCAUUGUUUAUACUGCUGAACCUUUGGACGCCUGCAGUCCGUUAACAAGUAAAGCAGAAAAGGGUUCACCAUCUCCAUUCGCACUGAUCAUAAGAGGCGGGUGCACAUUUGAUGAAAAAGUGAAAAAUGCACAGGAUGCUGGAUUCAAAGCUGCAAUAGUAUACGACAAUGAAAAUAGCGGGGUUCUAAUUUCAAUGGCUGGAAGCUCAAGCGGUAUUCACAUUUAUGCGGUGUUCAUCUCAAAGGCCUCAGGGGAGGUGUUGAAGAAAUUUUCAGGCCAUACUGAUGUAGAGGUGUGGAUACUACCAGCAUUUGAGAACUCAGCCUGGUCGAUCAUGGCAAUUUCAUUCAUAUCACUGCUUGCCAUGUCUGCUGUUCUAGCUACUUGUUUCUUUGUGAGAAGACAUCAUAUAAGGCGGGACCGGCCUAGAGUUCCAGAAGCCCGGGAAUUCCAUGGAAUGAGCAGUCAAUUAGUGAAGGCAAUGCCAAGCCUUAUCUUCACAAAGGUGCAAGAGGACAACUGCACAUCAUCAAUGUGUGCCAUUUGCUUGGAAGAUUACAAUGUCGGAGAAAAACUAAGAGUGUUGCCUUGCCGUCACAAGUUCCAUGCAGCUUGUGUAGACCUUUGGCUCACAACUUGGAGAACAUUUUGUCCUGUAUGCAAACGAGAUGCAAGUACUGGAAUAUCAGAUCCUCCAGCCUCAGAGACUACACCGUUGCUUUCUUCUGCAGUUCGUUUGCCUUCUCAGUCAUCUUCCUUCCGGUCAAGUGUGGCUGCAUCGCCUCCAAGACCAAUAAGUCGGCGAUCUUCAUCACAAUCCAUAUCUCGUAUUUACAUUGCGUCUGGUACCCCCCACUCUUCUAACCCCUUAAGAUCUUACACAAACUCACCUGCCUUGAGUAUAAGUAGGAGCAAUGUGGACCUAUCAAAUAUGUCAUCUUCCCGCCCUCGCACCUCACACCUGUCCUCCGCACACUCUUUGGUUGGCAAUCACUUGUCUCCACCAAUCAAUACAAGGUAUGCAUCGCCGUAUGUGUCCCGCUCUGGCCAUGCAUCACCUAGUCCACAUGUUACCUCGUCCUAUGUCUCCAAUUCUGGAUACGGAUCUUCGAGUUACUAUCUUGGUUCAUCCAGCCAGCAUCGGCCGUACCUAAGGCGCUGCGGGGAAUCAGGGCCUAGCUUGUCUACCAUGGCCCCUCAAUCGCCGCAACAGUUCCAGCUGCGUCAUGGUGGUGAAUCAGACAUAAAUCUACCUGGACCAUCCUCGAGCCAGUCUUUCCGGCAAUCCUACCUGAGACACUGUGCUGAUUCAGAGAUAAAUCUAGCAGGAGCUUCCUCAGGCCAGUCCUUCCGGCAAUCCUAUCUGAGACACUGUGCUGAUUCAGAUGCAAGCUUAUCUGCAAUGGCAUCAGCGCAGUCCUUGCCUGGAUGUUGAUUUCUAUGGGAUCAGAUCAGCUUCUCUCUGUACCAAGACAUGGCAUGACUUGUGUAUACACUUGAGGCGUGUACCAUAGACUAUUGGUUGAGACAAGAAAAAUGGUCGGAUUUGUUUGCGUUCUUCCUGCCUUUCGGUUGUAGUGAUUUUUAACUCUAUUUGUUUCACCGUAGAGUGUAUAGUACAAGUGUACAGCAACUUUCUUUGAACUAGCUAUACCAUCCGCGCGUUGCCGC